AAGCGGCUCUCGACGUUUGUAUAUCGAGAUCGAUGCCGGCCCAGAGAGCACGGCGCGCGGCGGCCUCCGUGUAGAGCAAAAGGGACGCACGGUGCUGGCUGAGGGGAGCAGAGGAGGGAGCGACAGACACACAACGCGAUUUCCUUGGUGCUGGGAGCGAGCGGGCUGCUGCUGCUGCUGCUGCAUCCAUCCGGCCGCUGGCAGUGCAGCCCCGAGCGCAGGGACGAUAAGACGCCCUCCACCGCCGCCGCCACCGCUGCCGCCGCCGCUGCCUCCGCCGCGCGAGUGAGUGAGCGAGCGCCGUCGCAUUGCGCUAAAGACGCCGAGAAGUGCCAGCCAGUGCCCGCGGGCAUGAAUUUAUAGGCGAGACGCAAAGUGACGACGGCACGCACCCCCGCCCGCCCGCCCACCCCCCGCCCAAAUGACCGCCAGCACCGAUUGCCAGGUGACCUUGGGGCUGGACUGUCCGCGGCUGCCGCCGCCGCCGUCGAUCAGCCGCAGCAGCUCGAAUGUCUCGAGCACCAUAUCAUCGAAGGAAGGCUGCACCAAGUGCAACUUCACCGUCCGCGUGGUCACCAACACCAGGCACAAGCACCUCUCGCAGGUGCUCGCGGCGCUAGCAGUCUCUCUCGGGCCACUGGCCGCCGGCCUCGGCAAGGGUUAUAGCUCACCGGCCAUCGCGUCGCUGCAGGAGAUCCAGGAGAACAGGGCAAACGAGCUGGCGCGCCGCUCCAAGAACGUCGCCUCCAUCGCAAAUUUGACUUCCUUUCACGAUGGCUUCCCUGUGUCUGCGCAGCAGGCGUCGUGGGUGGCGAGCUUGUCGCUGCUCGGGGCGCUGUUUGGCGGUGCCAUGGCCGGCGUGGCGCUGCGCUACGGUCGACGCCACAUCCUGCUGCUAUGCGCGUUGCCCUUCUCGGCGUCAUGGCUGCUCACCGUCUUCGCCACCUCCGUCGAAAUGAUGUUCGCCACUGCCUUCGCCGGCGGAUACUGCUGCGCUCUGGUGCUGCUUGUCACUCAAGUAUACGUGAGCGAGAUCGCGUCGCCGGAGGUGCGUGGCGCGCUGUCGGCCCUGCUGAAGGUUGCCAACCACCUGGGAGUACUGAUAAGCUUUGUGCUUGGCGCCUACCUCAACUGGCGCCAACUGGCGUGCGUGCUGGCCGCGGCGCCGCUAAUGCUGCUCGGUGCCGCCGCCUGGCUACCCGAGUCGCCAAGCUGGCUGCUGGUGCGCGGCCGCGAGCACGAGGCCGCCCAGGCGCUACAGUGGCUCCGCGGGCCUGGCGCCGAUACCAGCGCCGAACUCGCCACUUUGCGCGCCACCGUUUUGCAGUGCCCGUCGUCGCCACCCCGGCUCCGUCUCCGGCGCCGCAUGUGCCGCCCAGUUAUUCUCACCUGCGCUCUCAUGUUCUUCCAGCGGUGCACUGGUGCGCACGCGUUUAACUUUUACGCGGUGCCGAUCCUGCGUCAAACGCUGGGCAGCGGCGUCAACGCUCACGCCGGUGCCAUCGUGGUUGGUGUCGUCCAGCUGCUGGCCGCAUUGGCCUCCGGCCUGCUGAUCGACCGCGUCGGCCGCGUGCCCCUGCUGGCCGCCUCACUCGCCCUAAUGGCCGCCUCCCUGGCCGGAUUCGGCUCGGCCGCCUCGCACGGCGCCGCCUCCGCUUGGCUCCAGCUUGCCUGCGUCCUUCUUUUCACGGUGGCCUUCUCAUUGGGAAUCGCGCCGAUCCCGUGGCUGUUGCUGGCCGAGCUGUUCCCGCUGGAGGACCGCGCGGCCGGCGCCGCCAUCGGUACUGGCUUCAGCUACAUGUGCGCCUUCGUGGGCGUGAAGACGUUCGUCGACUUCCAGCAGUGGCUGGGCAUCGGCGGCGCCUUCUGGCUCUACGCGGCCAUCUCGACGGCCGGCCUCUUUUUCGUGCUGGCAUUCGUGCCUGAGACCAAGGGCCGCGACCUCGAGUUGGCCUCGGCCGCCAUCGACGAAGACCGGAACGCCUGAUGCCGGCUGGAGCUGGAGGAGGUGCCCUUUGACCAGGCUAGCUCCUCCGUCUGACCACCUCGUCACAUCCUCAAGAAUUUACCAUCAAUUCCUCCUGCAGUCAAUAUUAUAGAGCUUUCUCCUCAUAGACAUUUUGUACCAGAGUAAUAUUUGUAAGGCUUGGGUUGGUGUUAGUGCGUUUUUCUGGCCUUCGAGAGCAUUUCCCGUACAUACGUUGAUAAAAUUCACGGUAGAUGAUUUUAAUAGAUAAAAUGAUGCAGGGAUAUUUGAGUUAUUUGGCUAAUUUUUCAAUACAUAUAUCCGAGUUUCUAUAGGUUAUGAAGAACACUCUUAAGUAUAUAAGACUAUUAAACCCAUUUUUUAAAUACAUAAAAGUUCAGAGACGUCCAUUUGCAAUUUUAUCGUCAAAAAGGACCGCAAAAGAAUUCAACUGUUUGAGAUACAAUGAGCCUAAAGUGCCAUAUUAUUCCGAGCUCAAUUUCUGCAUUUAAAUAUUUUCUAAAAAUUCAACGCUUUUCUGCCAAGUUUUAUUAACAAACGUAAAAAAUCCCAUGCUCAUAAUAGCUAGUCUAAAUCAUUUGAACGCUCUCGAGGUCAAUAUUAAGCUCAGAUACUGGAAAACGACUAAUAUUACUCACUCAGGCCUUGAAUGACACACGCACACUCACAAACGUUUUACACCAAAGUCUGACGGAUCAAAUAAUAUAUCGGAAUGGAGAACCAUAUCGAGUAUGCGCGUUUUAACGGCCGGUUCGUUUGGUAAAAGCGGCAUCUUGCUUACAUAUGCGGAUCUCUAGGCUUGGAAAAUUUUAAUACGCACAAAAUAAUUUAAAAUAUUUUUUAGCAUUUAGGACAUCAGAUCACGACGAACCAUUUCUCAUUGAGCAAGUAUAUUGCUUUGUUAUGAAACGAAAUUUCACAUUUUCCCAGCCUUAUAGUGAUUUCCUCGUCCGGUGCUUUUCUAUUUUUACUUCUCAUCGUAGAUUUUUAUGGUAGUAGAGUCGAUGCGUAUCAAAAAUAGACUUCUUCUCAAUAUAAAAAUAUAUCAAAACUUGGAAAUCCAAAAUGGAUGAUGAUAUCAAAAGGUCGAAAUUAGAAUAAUAAUAUUGAUUAAAACUCCUUUACACCUUUUUAGCCUACGCGCGCGAGCGGGUGUCAACCUUUAGUCAAUUUUUAACCUCGACGCCGUUUCCUUGCUAUUUAUACACUCUGUGCCAAAUUUGUAUAAUGAUUGUACGUACGUCAAUUGUGUAGCCAACUUUGCGCGGCCAUUGCCUAGGAAUUGUAUUGUAAUACUUUAAAAUGCAUGUACUUAAAUAUGGGUCAGAGGUUGGAAAUCGGAAAGUGCCAUUCAACGGUCGCUGCUCUGAUAAGAAAAUCUCGUCUCAAUUUCUACUAAGAGGGGUCGAAUCGGCUUUACUCCAGGAGCCUCUUUCGUCCCUCUAGCAACUUCAACUCGGGAGCCUACACAAUUAACGAAAAUUGAAAGCUAGGGCAGUGACAAAACGGAGCUAGAUAAUAAUGAUGAUUUGUACCUCUUAGCCUUUUUGCCUAGGCCUACUCACACAAACAAUUCAUUUUUAAAAUGUAUCAAUAAGAAGCAACAAUAUGCUGUGUAAAUAACUGUAACUUAUUAGAAAGACUCAAAAUCAGAAAUACACAGAUGGAGAGAUAAUAAACAAUAAUUAAGUAUAACACUCUCACACUCACAAUAAUGAUAUCGUCAUGACAAUAAUGACAAGUGCUUUAGAAACAGCUCUGAUGAGAUUAAUUUAAGGAAAAAAAUGGACGCGAAAAUAUGGAAAGCAGCAAUAUCACAAAACAAAAAGAUGAAAGUGAAAUCUCUUUUCGAGAAAUUGAUCUUAUUUAUGAAUAUACUAUAUAUAUUUAAGCAUUACUUAAUAAAGUCUAUUGUCUUCAA